UGUCUCGUUACUUCUCGUCCGAACCGUCUUAGUGCUUCACGCCGAAAUUCGGCGUGGAUCCAAACCAAAGCUCAGUCCCGCAGCACGUGUUCACUCUGCAAGAAAACAGUUGCUCGAAGGAAUUAAGGCAUACGAAUUGGCGCCGUAUUAUAAGUGAGUAACUUCUGCGGGUGCUCUUACGCCUCAUUCUGCAUUGCUCGAAUUAGCCAUCCGCCAGUUUAUGACUGGUGGUGCACUUUUCCUUGACGCACUAUCGACAUUCACUGCCACUGAACUCACAACCUACAACGACUUCGUCGCUCUCACCAUAAUCAUCGAUACCCUCACCCUCAAACGAGUAGAUCUCAAGAAACGGCUCAUUACCGCACCAGAAGUUAUAUACGUUUUGCCCGAAGUCCCGAUCCUUGGAGACCUCUUAAACAACCUUUACGACUUUGACGUUUCUCCUGCCCUCGCGACUCCUCUCGCCUCAUACUAUGUAUGAGAGAUGCGCAUUUUGGCAUACAGCCAACUUCUCGAGUCCUACUGCAGCCUCACUCUUGAAAACCUUACGGUCACCUUUGUUUACAUGUAAUUUAGGUCUGCGGUAGCGUGCCCUUGCAUCAAUCGAAUAUGACAUUCACCCUGC